AUGUACAUGGACGACCUCAAGAUAUUUUCGGACACCGAAAAGGGACUAAAACGGCAGCUCAGAUGCAUCGAGAACUUUUCAAAUGAUAUUCGAAUGAGUUUCGGUCUGGAGAAGUGUAAAGUAGGCAGACUUCAUAGAGGAGAGUGGCGUCAGUUGGACGGUCAUCAGCUUACACAACAUAGUAGUGGUGGAAAAAUAACGACGCUGGAUAAAUUUGAAACCUAUAAAUACCUAGGUCUUGCCCAGGCGCGAGGAAUAGACUCUAAAAGUGUCAAGACGCUGCUCACCGAGAGAUUUAAAGAGAGAGUCAAGCACAUCUUAAAAACAAGAUUGGCAGGCCGUAACAUGGCGACUGCAAUCAAUUCCUACGCCGUCCCUGCAGUGGCGUACAGCUUCGGCAUCGUCGAUUGGACGCCGACAGAGCUUGAUGAUCUGAAUAGAACCUUAAGGACAAGUCUAACUAAAUUCCGCGCUCACCACCCACGAGCUGGCAGAGAGAGGGUACAUCUACAGAGCUCAGCGCUCCACCGAGCAGUGACAGGUCUAGCUAGAUCACUCACACCCCUCAUGUUGCAGGUCACACACUAUCAGUGCGACCCUAAGUAUUCAAUUUUCGAGCUCGAGACCCAGUGGUGGGGAAAGGAACUACACGGCAGAUACAUAAACUUGCUUGACAGUGCUGACCUUGACAAGCCCGCAUCAGUUGGCUGGCUAACGAACGGCAACCUUUUUCCCGAGACUGAGGGUUUCAUGUGUGCAAUUCAGGAUCAGGUCAUACCCACUCGGUCUUAUCUUAAACACAUAAUCAAGGACCCGACAGUAACAACAACGAAUUGUCGCAUAUGUGGAGAGGGCCAUGAGAAUGUUGAGCACCUCAUCAGUGGUUGUCGGAUACUGGCCCCGAAGGAGUACACCACAAGACACGACAACGAAGCCAAGAUAGUCCAUCAGGAAAUAGCCUUCAACCUUAAACUUCUAAAAGAGAAGUGUCCAUACUACCGAUACUCACCAGAAUCCGUGCUUGAAAAUGAGGGAUUUAGGAUAUAUUGGGACAGAACUGUUCAGACUGAUCGCACUGUCCAGCAUAACAGGCCAGAUAUUCUUAUUUAUGACAAGGCAAAUAAGAUGAUGACCCUCGUCGACGUUGCAAUUCCCGCACCCAACAACUUGCAGAAGAAAGAACGUGAAAAAAGAGAAAAAUACAUACCGUUAGCGGAUGACAUAAAACAGACAUGGCGUGUCGAUAGGGUUAACAUUGUUCCUAUAGUGAUCGGUGCAAUGGGGGAAAUACCAAAGUCCCUCAGAACCAACCUGACAACACUCACCGUGAAACCAGGCGCCUACUUUGAAAUGCAGAAGUCUGUGGUACUAGCUACCUGCAACAUAAUUAGAAGAGUUCUUAAUCAACCUCAACUUCAAUAG